UUUGGUAUCGUAAGACCGGUCUCAAAAAUUGAAUAAAAAUCAAUUCAAAAAUCACGAGAGAAAUUUAAGUGGCAAACUCACAAAAAAACUGUCAAAAAAAUUGUGAAAAGAAAAUAUUAGUUUUAGAAGAAUCGCUCUCAACAUUAUCGCAAGAGGAGAGCAACGUAUUCUUAUGUGUAAACAAAUAAUUCGCGAUGAAACUGUAUUGCCUAUCGAGUGAACCAACAAAGCCAUGCUUGGUCUUAAGCUUCAAAGGAAUCACGAUGAUGUUGGAUUGUGGUUUAAACAUGCAAUCUAUUUUACAUUUUAUGCCCUUGCCAAUGGUUCCUAGUAGCAAAUUUAAUGCCUUGCCGACAUGGUUCCCUCGUGAUAAUCAGCAAGAUUGGCAAGUCGAAGGAGAACUAAAGGAAUGUUGUGGUAGAGUGUUUGUGGAUUCGGUUCCGGAAUUUUCCCCUCCUCUGGAAAAAAUAAUUGAUUUCUCUGAGAUCGAUGCUAUUCUAAUAUCCAACUAUACCUGUAUGCUUGCAUUGCCAUUUAUAACGGAAGGCACAGGUUUCAAAGGUAUAAUAUAUGCCACCGAGCCAACGUUGCAAAUUGGACGAUUUUUUAUGGAAGAAUUAGUGGAAUUUAUCGAGCAAACCCCGAAAGCGACAAUGGCCAAACAUUGGAAGGAAAUGUUGCAUAUGUUGCCACCUCCAUUGGCAGAUGUUAUUAAACCAAAAUCUUGGAGACAUAUCUAUUCCACAUCGGCCGUGAAUUCGGCAUUAUCACAUAUCCAGAUGGUUGGAUAUGAUCAAAAGCUGGAUAUAUAUGGCGCUCUAACGGUUACGCCAAUCAGUUCGGGUUAUUGCUUAGGUAGUAGCAACUGGCUGAUAUCCUGCGACCAUGAGAAGGUUGCUUUCGUUAGCGGUUCAUCCACAUUAACUACUCAUCCAAGACCUAUGGAACAAGCCACAUUGAAACAUGCUAAUAUGCUGAUAUUAACAGGCUUAACACAAACACCGACUGCUAAUCCGGACACGAUGCUUGGAGAAUUAUGUAUGACUGUUGCUGUGACUCUUAGGGCCGGAGGAUGCGUUCUGAUACCUUGCUAUCCUUCUGGCGUCGUGUAUGAUUUAUUCGAAUGCUUAAGCACACACUUGGACAAGUCAGGCUUCACACAGGUGCCUCUAUUUUUCAUUUCACCAGUGGCAGAAACGUCCUUGGCUUAUUCAAACAUCUUGGCCGAAUGGCUGUCGACAAAUAAGCAAAACAAAGUUUAUCUUCCAGAAGAACCGUUCCCACACGCUUUUCUCGUGAAGAACGCGCGAUUGAAGCAUUAUACAUCCACAUACGCCGAGGGAUUCAGCAACGACUAUCGACAACCGUGCGUCGUUUUCUGUGGCCAUCCCAGUCUUCGAUUCGGUGACGCCGUACACUUUGUGCAGUUAUGGGGCAACAAUCCCCUACACACUGUCAUUUUUACUGAGCCAGACUUCCCGUAUUUGGAUGCCCUCGCUCCGUUUCAACCAUUGGCUAUGAAAGCGGUGCAUUGCCCCAUCGAUACCUCCCUCAAUUUUACUCAGGCUAAUAAACUUAUACGGGACUUGAAGCCGGAGCAUCUAGUUAUUCCAGAGGUUUAUACACAACCUCCUUUAACUGCACUGCAUAGAACGGAUCUCGUCAUCGAAUCAGUUGGAGAAAAACCCUUAAUUACAUUUAAACGUGGGGAAGUGAUAAAACUGCCGUUGAAGCGAAAGAAGGGUCGCGUGUUUAUCGAGCCGGAAUUAGCUAGUAACAUCAUUCCGAAUGAAGUACGACCUGGCUUGAGUCUCGCUUCCGUUACUGGAGAGCUCGAAGUUAAGGAUAACGUGUAUAUCAUAAAGAAUAUAGAAGAUAGACUGAGUGGAAAAAGGAAGGUACCGUCAGGUUCGCCCGCGCCCGUCAAGGAAGAAGUGUUAAAGGAGCGGAAACAUGAAUACGGGAUUCUUGAUCCACAGGAGUUAUUACAGAAGCUCAAUCAAGAGGGUAUUCAAGGUGCCAAGUUACAACACAGUCCUACCUCCACGAGUAUUCAUUUGCAAGACGAAGACACUCUUAUUCAGAUUGGUGACAACUCCACACACAUUUUCUGCAAUGGUGAUCAAAAGAUCCGUAAACGUCUCAGGACUAUAAUAAUGCAGUGUCUGAAAAGAUUUUGAGGUAUGAUAUACGCUUACAGUAUUUCGACAUUGUGAUUUUGAUCUUGUGAGACAAUGUUUUAUACUGCUACAUAUUAUAGAUAAUUAAUUGUUUUAAAAUAUGUAUAUAUUCAUUCUUUCAUUUACACUUUAUCCCAUCAUAUUAAUUUAUCAAUAAUUUUAUAUAUAUUAAACUAUUAAUAAUUUUUAGAUUAAUUAUAGUAAAAAAAAAAGCUUUCUAUCUAAAUACUGCUGAAACAAGGCUUUUAAGUAUAUUAAACACAAUACUUUUAUUAAACAUUAUUAACUAAUAUAUGUUUAAUAUAUAUGUUU